ACGACGGAUCUCGUCCGACGGAGAUGGAGGGAGGGAGGAUGCGUCAGGCGUAGAAGAUCCGCGGGAGACGCUCGGGCCACUCAAGCAGUCUUGACGGAUUCGGAGUUGCUCUUCGAGAAAUCCAACGAACUGCAGAAAGCAUCCAUUCCCUUCCACGUCAGCUCUGCAAUCGUCAAGACAUGCUGCUUCCCAUCCUGCUCGUGUUCCUCGCGCCUCUCGCGCUCUCCGCACAAACGCAGCGCUCCGUGGACGUCUUCGCAUGGCCGCUUUCCGCCAGCAAGCCCACCACCCUCGCCCACAUCACCUACAACUCCACCUCCGCCAGCGUGCAGAACUACAUUGCACCACACUUUGCCGCCGAUGAAGAGGUAGUCCGGAUCGGCUUCUACCACCCUUCAGGCUCGUGGUCCGGCGUAGCGAGCGCCGCAUCCAAUCUCGCCGCGAACACGCACAAGACGGUGCAGCUCUACCUCAACACCGAUCACGACCUAUACCACGUGGGAUUCAAGGUGUCUCCCGUGGCGAGCAGUAGCAAAAGCGGCAACAGCAAGGAUGGGCUGAACGUGGAGGUGGUCAGACUGCGGCCGGGGCAGAUGCCGCCGCUCAGCAAACCCGUGCAGCUGAAUGCGCAAGGGAAAGUCGAGGAGAAGCCGGUGGAAAAGAGUUUCGUACAGAAAUACUGGUGGGCGAUCGUUGGUGUGCUCGUCGUUCAGAUCGUCGUUGCAGCUAUGGGGAAAGAUUAGAGCUAUGGGUAACGAUCAGUAUCAGAACGAGCUCAGAUGCGGCGCGCUCGGCUUCAACCAUUGAGCAGAUGGCGGGACUGUUUAAGGCUCUGCUCCAACGUUCACUGCUUGGACGGCGCUGCACUGGUUGGACGCGGACGCCAUCACAGAAUCGUCAUCCCAGAAACCAGCACCGAGUAAAAUGAGUCUGAAAUGGGACCGCCCUGGAGCUGCCUGCCGAACCGAGGCUGUAUGACAAUUUCGCGAGACAACAUCGCCUCUGAUCCAACGUGGAUUUGGCAGUUCGUACGGCGAGGUAGGGACAUCAUGGAUAGGAGUGCUUA